CUGCAGGUUAUUAAAGAUCGUCCUUGGAACAGAUUCCCUCUCUAUAAUGUAAAACGUCCAUUGAUUGAGGAUUCUUGUUUGCCUUCCUAGGAAUUAGUGCACUCCUGCAAUUUUGGACUCCAGCCAAAUUGUCAUUGGCAAGUGAAGUGAAUACAAUUAUAUCCAUUGAAAACUCUUGCUUCAGUAUCAAUGUGGGUGUGGGGAAAUUCAUAGAAAUCAAAGUAGAGAGAGGAGACUAAUUUGUCCAUCAAUAAAACAUAUUAGGUUUUCCUUGGAGGCACAGAUGCUUUAAUCCUGAGCAAUAAACAAAGUGCUGGAGAACUAGUGAGGAUCUGUGAAGGGAAAUGGACAGAUAGUGUUUCUUGUGUAGGAAGGAACUGCAGAUGCUGGUUUAAACCGAAGAUCGACACAAAAUGAUGAGUAACUGCGGGACAGGCAGCAUCUCUGGAGAGGAAUAGGUGAUGUUUUGGGUUGAGACCCUUCUUCAGACUAGUUAGGGGAAAAAGGGUAACAAAAUAUAUAGACGAUGUAGAGAGAUAAAGAACAAUGAAUGAAAGAUAUGUAAAAAAGUAGCAUGAUAAUGGAAACAGGCCAUUGUUAGCUGUUAGAUGUUUCAUGUUGCGAUCCUUCUUCAGACUCUCGUCUAUUCUGUUUGCUCCAUGCAUUCUGCCUGACUUAAUGAGUUCCUCCAACAGAUUUUAGUUUUUCCUUGAUCUUACCUACCAAUAUUUUUUUACUCACCCUUCCAAGUGUGCUUCUUAUCUUCAUUUUUGCACCAAUUAGUAAUUUUUUUUCCUUACAAUUUCAAAGGCACUGCUACAGGCAUGGUGAUCAGCACAGGAGAUUGCACCAUCAUUGGAGGAAUUGCAUCGCUUGCAUCAGCAGUAGAAAAUGAGAAGACUCCAAUCGCAAAAGAGAUUGAACAUUUUGUCUACCUUAUAACUGGAUUAGCUGUGGGAAUGGGAGUUGCGUUCUUCAUCAUUUCAAUAAGUCUCGGCUACAGAAUACUGGAUUCCAUCAUCUUCUUGAUUGGCAUCAUUGUUGCUAAUGUCCCUGAAGGUCUUCUGGCUACCCUCACCGUUAGUCUCACCCUAACAGCCAAAAGAAUGGCCAAGAAGAACUGCCUCGUAAAGAAUCUGGAGGCUGUUGAGACUUUGGGCUCCAUUUCGAUUAUCUGCUCUGAUAAAACAGGAACACUUACCCAGAAUCGAAUGACUGUAGCGCAUUUGUGGUUUGACAAUCAAAUCUACACAGCAGAUACCAGUGAAGAACAGGGAGCGCAGACCUUUGACCAAUCAUCACAAACAUGGACUGCUCUGGCCAAGAUUAUUGCACUCUGUAAUCGAGCGGAAUUCAAUGCAGCACAGGAUGAUGUCCCAAUUAUGAAGAGAGAAGUGGUUGGAGAUGCCUCAGAAAGUGCCCUUCUGAAGUUCUCUGAAACUGUAUUCGGUAACGUGAUGGAAUUCAGAAAUGAAAAUGUAAAAGUAUUUGAAAUACCAUUCAACUCUACCAACAAGUUUCAGCUCUCCAUUCAUAAGACCAACAAUCCAUAUGACAAACGCCUUCUCUUAGUAAUGAAAGGAGCACCAGAGCGUAUCUUGGAGUCUUGUUCCACCGUGAUGCUGCAGGGCAGGGAAGUCCUGCUGAAUGCUGCCGAGAUAGAUGGUAUUCAGACAGCUUAUAUUGAACUUGGAGGACUGGGCGAGAGGGUUCUAGGAUUUUGCCAUCAUUAUUUACCAAGGGACAAAUAUCCAGACUUGUACAUAUUUGACUCGGAUAACAGGAACUUCCCAAUCUCUGAUUUGUGCUUUGUUGGCCUCUUGUCUUUGAUUGAUCCACCCCGCUCGAGUGUCCCAGAUGCAGUUCUCAAAUGCCGAAGUGCGGGAAUCAAAGUAAUUAUGAUCUCUGGUGAUCACCCGAUCACAGCAAUGGCUAUAGCAAAGAGUACUGGUAUUAUCUCAGCUGAUAAUGAGACAGUGGAAGAUAUUGCAAAGCGUCUUAAUGUUUCAGUCAGUCAAGUGAAUAAAAGGGAAGCCAAGGCUGCUGUUAUAAAUGGUUCUGAAGUCAAAGACAUGACUCCUGAGUUCUUAAAGGACGUUUUGAUGAGCUACACUGAAAUAGUAUUUGCCAGAACUUCACCUCAACAGAAACUAUUUAUUGUUGAAGCCUGCCAAAGACAGGGAUCCAUUGUGGCAGUGACAGGGGAUGGUGUGAAUGAUGCACCAGCUCUGAAGAAAGCAGAUAUUGGAAUAGCUAUGGGAAUUACAGGCUCUGAUGCAGCCAAACAUGCAGCAGACAUGAUUCUACUGGAUGAUAACUUUGCCUCAAUAGUCACUGGAGUGGAGGAAGGUCGUCUGAUUUUUGACAAUUUGAAGAAGGCAAUUGCUUACACCCUGACCAAAAACAUGGCAGAAUUGUGUCCAUUCCUUGUUUAUACCAUUGCCAGUAUACCCCUUCCCAUUGGUACAAUUACCAUCCUCCUCAUUGACUUGGGUACAGAUAUUAUUCCAUCUAUUUCUCUGGCUUAUGAGAGAGCAGAAAGAGAUAUAAUGAAUGUCCAUCCAAGAGUCUCUGGUAGAGAUCGGCUAGUCAACUUGCAACUUGCUUCUUAUUCAUAUCUUCAAGUUGGUGUGACACAGUCAUUCGGAGGAUUUCUCUGUUACUUCACUGUCUUGGCAGAACAAGGCUGGCUUCCAUCAAGGAUUAUUGGCAUACGUGUACCUUGGGAAGAUGCCACCAAUAAUGAUGUUGAGGACAGCUAUGGACAAGAAUGGACAUUUCAGCAGAGGUUGUACGUGGAGUGGACCUGUUACACAGCUUUCUUUGUUGGGAUAGUUAUUGAACAACUUGCUGAUUUAAUUAUACGUAAAACCCGGCGGAAUUCUAUUUUCCAGCAGGGAAUAUUUGGAAAUAAAAUGUUGUGGAUAGGUCUUCUCUCUCAGAUUGGCAUUGCCGUCCUCCUUUGCUAUAUCCCUGGGAUGGUAGACAGCCUUCAUUUUACUCCUCUCAGGGUUCAGUACUGGUUUGUGGCCUUGCCUUUUGCCAUUGUAAUUUUUGUAUAUGAUGAAAUUCGUAAAUACUUCAUUCGCAGAUAUCCUGGAAGAUCGUGGAAUAAACCAAGCAUUCUACAAUUUGGAGAGAGAAGCAGAAACAUAACUAAAAGAGAACAUACCUGUUGCUACUGUCAUUGUAAAAUACCCAGUGCUUGUUUAAUUGUUUUGUGACAUCAGUAAAAAAA